GCAGUCACUUCCCUCUGACCUGCCAGGUGGGCAGAGCUCUCCCUGCGGCCCCCAGCCCCACGGGGUGAGGUGGGGGGUCCCGAAGCCGACCGGGAGCCUGGGCCUGGAGAAGUUCCAGAGUCCUUCCUGGCUUCAGGAUAGCCCUGGGCUGCAAAGAGGGGGCUCCACCCGCUGGAGUGCUCAGACUUCAGCCUGUGACCCAUCCGUGAGUCACACGAUCCAUCUUGUGGGUGGUGGCCAGGAUUUUUUUUUUUUCCCUUUAACGAAACAGAAGAGAAGAGAAGAAAAGCAAGUUAGCUGCUGCUUUGUGAGACCUGUGCUUGCCCUCCACACUCCUGGGGGAGACCAAGGUCUGAGAGGGCAAAGGACGCAGUCCCCUGCACUGGCCUCAGUACGCCCCCUCCCGCAGGAGCUGUCCAGCUUCUGAGUGUCUGCGGCCGGAUGACGUCAUCUGAUACUCGGAUGACGUCAUCUGAUACUCAGGUGACGUCGUCUGAUACUCGGGUGAUGCCUGCCCUGGCUGGCUGGCCGUAUCCCAUUUUGUUGGCUCAGGACCGUAAGGGCUUGAGUUUACUGCUCUGCUUCUCCUCUGGCUGUGUGACCCUGGGAAAAUCACCUCACCUCUCUGAUCCUUGGGUGUCAUCUGCAGAUGGGCCUGGUGAGAGUGGCAAGAGCACGUUCAUCAAGCAGAUGCGCAUCAUCCACGGGGCGGGCUACUCGGAGGAGGACCGCAAGGGCUUCCGGCCCCUCGUCUACCAGAACAUCUUCGUCUCCAUGCGGGCCAUGAUUGAGGCUAUGGACCGGCUGCAGAUCCCUUUCGGCAGGCCUGAGAGCAGUCACUAUGCCAGUCUGGUCAUGAGCCAGGACCCAUACAAAGUGACCACUUUCGAGAAGCGCUACGCCGUGGCCAUGCAGUGGCUGUGGAGGGACGCCGGCAUCCGGGCCUGCUAUGAGCGCCGCCGAGAGUUCCACCUGCUCGACUCGGCCGUGUACUACCUGUCCCACCUGGAGCGCAUCACCGAGGAGGGCUACAUCCCCACAGCACAGGAUGUGCUCCGAAGCCGCAUGCCUACCACCGGCAUCAAUGAGUACUGCUUCUCCGUGCAGAAGACCAACCUGCGGAUCGUGGAUGUCGGGGGCCAGAAGUCAGAACGCAAGAAGUGGAUCCACUGCUUCGAGAACGUGAUUGCCCUCAUCUACCUAGCUUCGCUGAGCGAAUACGACCAGUGUCUGGAGGAGAACAACCAGGAGAACCGAAUGAAGGAGAGCCUGGCCCUGUUUGGCACCAUCCUGGAACUGCCCUGGUUCAAAAGCACAUCUGUCAUCCUCUUCCUCAACAAAACUGACCUCCUCGAGGAGAAGAUCCCCACCUCCCACCUGGCUACCUACUUCCCCAGUUUUCAGGGCCCGAAGCAGGACGCGGAGGCAGCCAAGAGGUUCAUCCGGGACAUGUACAGCGGCAUGUACGCCGGCUGCGGGGACAGCGCGGACGGGGACAGGAGGGGCGCGCGCUCCCGGCGCCUCUUCAGCCACUACACGUGUGCCACGGACACCCAGAACAUCCGCAAGGUCUUCAAGGACGUGCGGGACUCGGUGCUGGCCCGCUACCUGGACGAGAUCAACCUGCUGUGACCCAGGCGCGGCUGCCCCCGGGCUCAGGCCCGCGCGUGGCAGGCGGGGCCUGCGGGCGGAGCGCUGCGCAGGGAGCCCGGUGCCCCCUGUCGCGCAGCCGCGGGUCCGGGUGGCGGAAGGGCCGCGAGUGAGUCAGGGGUGAAGGCGGUCGCCGCCCGCUCCUUUCUCCGACCCUCGCCAGGACAGCCCCGCGUUUGCCCUCCCUUGACUCCGUUUUCCCCCUCGGAAAGGGAGCACGACGGCCACUUGGGAUGGCAGGUGGGGGAAGAAGUGAGGGGAGCAGGCAUCGGGGACUUGCCCCACCCCUGGGUAGGUCCUCUCCAGGGAAGAGGCCGCGGACCCCCACGGAGGUGAUGCGCCAGCCCGGUGGCGGGGGAGCGGGCCUUCGGUCCGAGGGACCGGGCUCUGGCGCCCCCUAGCGGGGUUCCUUGACUUACAGACCCGUCACUCCGAGCUCCCCUCCUCACGGGAGGCGGCAUCCACCAGCCUGCGGUCUGCGUGGCGCGGCGACUUCCCGUUCUGGGCGGGAAGAGAGACCCGGAGAACGCUGUCCCUUCCAGAGUCUGCGCCUCAAAGUGCGUCCUGCCCUGUUUACAGACGAGGGAAACUGAGGCCACAGGCGUUCCCCCCACUUCCCAGUCUGGGGGCUCGGGCGCGCUGCAUCUUACAACUUCUCUGUAUUUAUUCCCUCCCCUUCUGUGGGGCCCCUUGCAAGACAUUAAAGACAUGUCUGGAGACCUGUGAUUUCCUAGGGGCGUCCUGUGCCUCACUGCGCGGCCCCUUCUCAGGGCGCCUGUCCCAGGUGGGGUAGCCACGUGGGGAAGGACGGGGGAGGUGGCGGUGUGCGUGCACCCGGGCAGGGCACGUCCUGGGAGCUGUGUGGGGCUGAUGCGCUUGGAGCCGAGCGCUGGAGUCGCCGUCUCUCCCCGGCCUGGGGGAGGGGGGCGGCAUUUGAGCCCAGCC